GCUGUUGUUUACCUUAUAAAAUAGGUUAAGACUUAUAGGAAAUUAUGAAGAAUUGUCUUUCUCCAAAAUUAUAAUCAAUUUUAAUUACCUUCCGAUAUAAAAAAUCAUUUAGACUUUACGUCUAGUAUUUAAUUCGCCCGCAUCGCUUAAACUAUGCACGAUAAGACUUAUGAGAUUUUUUAGAAAAAUGUUUUCACCAGUUAAAGACACAUUUUUAUACUUUGCUUAUGGAAGCAACUUGUUAAAGAAACGCAUUCACAUAAAUAACCCAUCUGCAGAAUUUAUUGGUAUUGGCAAACUCAAUAACCACCAAUUAAACUUCAUCAAAUAUAGUGAUCACUGGGGAGGCUCCUCAGCUACAAUAGUGCCAACUGAAAACUCUUUUGUCUGGGGUGCUAUAUGGAGGCUUAAAAAUGAGGACAUGUCAAAAUUAGACUGGCAAGAAGGUGUAGAUACUAAUUGGUAUUUCGCUAAAACUGUUGAAGUUGAAGCCGAGGAUGGAACUAUAGUAGAAUGCCGGACAUACCAACAAACCACAAACCCUCCAGUUAGGAAGGAAGGAGAAGACAUUCCAGUAGACAGACGACCAUCAAUGACCUACCUAGACUGUAUUUUAAGAGGGGCUAUGGAGUGCAACCUACCAAAGGAAUAUGUUAUUGGGUUAAAAAAGAUAUCACACAAUGGGAAUAAAGCAUCCGCCAAGAUGAUAGAAAAGUUGAACAUGUGAAGACAGAGUGCUAUUACAUCUAUAUUGAUUUAAUAAUCAAUGUCAAAGUGUAAUAAGAUUUAGUAAAUAACCCACAGCAAGCUUAUAUUUUUUUUUCACGUUUAAACUAUAGUCUUAUUAACAUAUUUCAAGACAACACAGCUUUUACAAGUCAAUAAGAACUCUUUUGCAUAAAAAAGAAUUCAAGUAUAUGAAUAAUGACUUCCAUAAAUAAUUUAUAACUCUAGAUUGAGCAUCUUGCAGUCAGGCAGCGACAAUGGGCCAGGUUCAUUGCUUUGGUUUACGUCACAGGCUACGUCUUACAAUCGUCAUACUUGUGUGUGUCACCUUUUUUUUAGCUUGCGUGUGUUGCUGAAAAUAAAGGUUAAAUCCACUCAUUUUAAUUAGCUUAAAAAACUAAAUAAUUCAUUUAUAUAUUUUUAAAGCUUAUUUAAGUUAUUACCGUAAUCAGAAAUAAAAGCUGUGUCAACAAUAUUGAACUCAAAAGCAAACCUUAUACUCCCUCUAUGUUUUGAAUAAUUAAAUUAUUCUGUGUGUAUUUCUAUGACGUAAUGUCAAUAAAAUUGUUGUGUUAUUGUUGUCAAAUAUAUUUUAUAAAAAAUUAA